AUGAGCCACUUUAAUAAGGAAGAUGUUGACUGCCAUAUCCUUGAUGAAGGCUUCACCGCCAAGGACAUCGUGGACCAGAAAAUUAAUGAAUUGUCUUCUUCUGAUGAUAAGGAUGCCUUUUACGUGGCAGACCUGGGAGACAUUCUAAAGAAGCACCUCCCAUGGUUGAAAGCUCUUCCCCGAGUCACUCCCUUUUAUGCAGUCAAAUGUAAUGACAGCAGAGCCAUAGUGAGCACCCUGGCUGCCAUCGGCACCGGCUUUGACUGUGCCAGCAAGACUGAAAUACAGUUGGUGCAGAGCCUCGGGGUGCCUUCCAAAAGGAUCAUCUAUGCAAACCCUUGUAAGCAAGUGUCUCAGAUCAAGUACACGGCCAGUAGCGGAGUCCAGAUGAUGACUUUCGACAGUGAGGUGGAGCUGCUGAAAGUGGCCAGAGCGCACCCGAAGGCCAAGCUGGUUUUGCGGAUCGACACUGAUGAUUCCAAAGCAGUCUGUCGCCUCAGUGUGAAAUUUGGUGCCAUGCUCAAAACCAGCAGACUUCUUUUGGAACGAGCAAAAGAGCUAAACACUGAUGUCAUUGGUGUCAGCUUCCACGUGGGGAGCGGCUGCACUGACGCGGAGACCUUCGUGCAGGCGGUCUCUGAUGCCCGCUGUAUCUUCGACAUGGGGGCUGAGGUGGGCUUCGACAUGUAUCUGCUGGAUAUUGGUAGUGGCUUCCCCGGAUCUGAGGACGUGAAGCUGAAGUUUGAAGAGAUCACUAGUGUGAUUAACCCAGCCCUGGACAAGUACUUCCCGUCAGACUCUGGAGUGCAGAUCAUAGCGGAGCCAGGCAGAUACUACGUUGCAUCUGCCUUCACACUUGCAGUUAAUAUCAUUGCCAAAAUGGUCUGGAAGGAGCAGAGUGGCUCUGAUGAUGAAGAUGAGCUAAAUGAGCAGACAUUCAUGUAUUAUGUAAAUGAUGGCAUAUACGGAUCCUUCAAUUGCAUCCUUUAUGAUCAUGCACAUGUAAAGUCCCUGCUGCACAAGAGACCCAAGCCCGAUGAGAAGUACUACUUCUCCAGCAUUUGGGGGCCCACGUGCGACGGCCUGGAUCGCAUCCUUGAGCGCUGUGGCUUGCCCGAGACGCAAGUGGGUGAUUGGAUGGUCUUUGAGAACAUGGGUGCCUACACUGUUGCUGCUGCUUCUACCUUCAAUGGCUUCCAGAGGCUGACUAUCCACUACGUGAUGUCACGGCUCAUGUGGCAACUCAUGCAGCAAGUGCAGAAGCACGGCUUCCAGCCCGGCGCGGAGGAGCAGGACUCAGUCAGCACACUGCCCCUGUCCUACGCCCAGGAAAGCGGCCUGGAGCGGUGCCCCGCCCCCCGCGCCUCUGGCAGCAUCAAUGUGAAGAAACUUCCCGUAGCUGUCAAGUGCAAGUGUAGCUUGAAUUAA